UUUUCGCUGUAUGUGAGAGUUUUGUUGAAUGGGGAAGCAACAAGGAUAUCUAUUUAUAUUGGAAAUUUAAAAUUUCAUAUACGUCACUUAUAAAAUCGAAUCGAAAUCAAUGUAUCCUUGUUCAUCAUACAUUUUCAGUAAAUAGUGGUGUCUCUGUUUUUAUUUUCAGUUGGAGUGUGUUUGUUUGAUUAUAACAUACAACCACACACACAACCUAAAGUGAUUUUAAUUAUAUUUGUGUUGGUGUUGUUUAUUUCUGUUAUCCUUGUUUUACUUAUAUAUUUUAUAUAUAAGUGGAACAGUGUUCGCCUGUAUAACUUAAAGUUGGCGACAACGAUGACGAAUGAAGGCGGCACCAGGAUUUGUCCGGCGCUCCUACGCUAGGAUCGCAAGGGUCCGGCCACAUGGCCCACAAUGGCGGUCCCAGAGUGCCCCCCAGGCCACCGCCCGCAUCCCUUGCAGGAGUGCACAAUACCACAACAACAAUAUCAACAACAAGAAAUAUACCACCACCACCGAUACCAACCGGUGUUCAUCACACAUCAUCGGUGGGUGGAAACAAUGGCGGCGGCGGCGGUGUUGUUGGGCAUCGUGCACCUGCGAUGAUGAGUGUGAGUUUACCACCGGUAACGGCACCAUUAUCACCCCUUGGAUCGCGGCAUCACCAGCAUCCUCAUCCUCAACAUCUACAUCGACUAGCACCACCACUUGGCUCACUACCACGUCGAGUGAGUCCUGUGAGAAAUGGCGGCGGAAGCGAUACCAGUGCACCACAAACAGUACCAACUACACCAGUCACAUUGACCAGUCCACGGCCGGACGGUGAACGUGUCGUAAAUGAAUACGUCGAGACUCCAUUUGGUCGUGGUAAUAAUAAUUUAAAUAAUGGAGGCGGUAGUUAUCCAUCAUCUCCACACCAACUUGGUAGUCAUCACGACAGCACACAACUUAUACUCAAUAGUAAUUUGAGUACGUCAAUAUUAUCAUCGUCUACAAUACUUCCACAUUCGACGGUUGUUAGUAACCAUAAUCAACAUUCGACGGGUACGACGACGAUAACCAAAUCACCUCAUUUAUCACAACAUCAGCAACAUCAUCAUCAUCGCCCGGAGACGUUACCAUUACCCUCCACGGUAAUCACAAAACAACCACAAUCCGCAACAUUUACAAAGAAUCGUACCACCGAUCCGUUAGAAUGUCAUACAACGUCACUAGGUGGGGUUGGUACAGUAAUACGUAAUAGCAGUGGUGUCAAUAGUGGGACACCAGGUAUUCUCGGUGGUACACCAAAUAGUAUUGGAGUCGGUUUACCUGGUGGUGGGUCAAUAAUAUGCCCCGAGUGUGGACGCUGUCGGUGUGAAUCGUGUCAACAACCUCGACCCCUACCACAAUGGUGGGUUUGUGACAAAAAGUGUUUAUGUAGUGUGGACGCUGUGAUUGAUUACACAUCGUGUUUAUGUUGUGUGAAAGGACUUUAUUAUCAUUGUUCAAAAGAUUAUGAAUUAGAACGUGAUGGUGACGGUGUGAGUUGUGCGGAUGAACCGUGUUCGUGUACGCCACAUCGACGCAUGAUGCGUUGGGGUUGUUUAUUAGCAUUAACAACGGUAUUACCAUGUUUAUUAUGUUAUUGGCCAUUACGGGGUUGUGCACGUGGUGUUGAAUUAAUAUAUGCAAAACAUUCGAGAACCGGUUGUCGAUGUAGACCUACAUCAUCGAAUCAUCAUUUACAUAAUACACAUCAUCAUACACAUUCUACAUCGGUGUUACAUCAUCAACAGGAUACGCUAACUACACCUGAAAAACGUUUACUUGAUUCAAGUCCUGAUUUUUAACACACAAUUUUUAAUCACUUAGAUGUUCUCCAGUUAAAUAAUCUCCAUCAAAUUCCUAUUAUGUGUUAAAUUUUAAAAAAUUUAUCUUCAUAAUUUUUCAAUGUUCAAUGUCACUAUUCCAGAAUUUGUACCUUAUUUUUUACAAAAAUCAAAAUCAUAUAACCCUUAAAAGUCGUUAUUCCUUAAAAAAAGAGUAUAUAAUCAAUAUUAUAUAUUUUAAUAAUGGGCAAAUAUGAGUGAUUAUCCGAGUUGUUAUGGUUUCUUAUUCUAUGCUUAAAAACUUUAUGAUGCCAAAUAAAAAUACUUUAUGAUAAGAAUUUUGGGCUUGACCAUAUCAUUUUUUCUUUUGAAUAUGUUAAAUUGAGAAACUCUAAUUAAAUGCAUUUAUUAACAUAAAAUACUUUUGAAAAUGAGCCAUUCUUUUAAUAAUAUUUUAAACCACAUAAUACAAACGCCUUUUAUAGCAAAAAUACUUGAAUAAAUUGAAAAGAACAUUUCCCUUCAUUGAAUGAAGUGGAAGAAUCAAAACGAAUUAAAUUGUAAAUAGUAGGUUCUAUAAAAAGAGUUAGAUUAAUCAGUUAAAGACUUGAUUUAUAUUAUAACUGAAAUCGAAUAUUUUUUAAUGUGGUUUUCCAAAUAUGAUAAUCAUUGAUGAUGGCCCAUAUUAAUUUCAGAGACACUCACUUCACUGUUUUCUAUCAUAAUGAUGUUUGGUAAUUUAGGUUGUUGUCUUGUAUAAACGAUGGUUUUAGUCACAUAAAAAUGUUAAUAAUUGUAAAUAAUAAUUGUGAUUGAUCAAACGUCAAUAUGAGAAUGAUAAUAUGUAAUGGGUUAUCUGUUUGUAAUAGUUUCUCUAGUUAGAAAUUCUAUUUAAAGUGGUAUGAGAAAAUAGUAUGAUUCUUAAUCCUUCAGACUGGUCAUCUUUCGUACCACAAUCAUUACUCUUGUAUAUGAAAGAAUAGUAUAUUAAAUUUACUUUUUCAAUGUUCUGGGUAGAUAAUGCAAUUUAUAAAACAUAAUUUACUGCCAUCUGUCUUGGAAAUCACAGUAACGGUACUGUGAUAGCCGGAGUAUAAGAAAGAUAUCCAAAUUUUGGUUUCUUUUAACCGACUUUACUGAAGUGAUGAGAAAAUCACUUCAUAUUUUGAGGUUUUAAAAAAAAAAUUUUUUAAUUCACUCUCCUGUAAAGCAUCAAAUUUUGUGAAGGUAACAAAAAAAUUUCCGGUGCUUCAUUCCAUUUGAAAUUUUGAAAAAAAAAUCCAAAAAUAAGCGUGGGAGAGUAUCUCUUCGUAACGGUUCUGAAGGGUUAAAUUAAUACAGUAGAUGAAGCUUGUUAAAUUAAGAGAUAAAACAACUUUCAGUCAAAGAUUUUUCGAUGUAAUUAUAAAAUCAUCUUUGUCCAAUAUAUUUAAAUCGAAAUUUAAUUUUCCUGAUGAUGAAUUUUUAAUGGGUCCCCAUUUUUAAUUAUAUCGAAACGUCUUAAACACAUAUUAUG